AGUAUGGGAGCAGCUUCAGAAAGAGAGUCCAGAGUUCUUCAACAAGUACCACUUAAAACGCGAAUUAGCUCGUCAAAUAACGAUGUUUAACAGUUUACUUGGAAAGCAAGUUUCUCUGAUGGUCGAGCAUGGAGCUCUUGAUAUCAAUACUGCAUCAUCUACACUCAAGAAUUUUCUUCGUCAAGAUCCUGAAGGAGCUCAUCUCUUGGAGAAACUAGCUAAUACUCCUGAUAUGUCAGAGGUGAGUCCUUCAAGCUUGGCAACGUUGGUAUUAGAUGAUACAAAUGGUCCAAAAGUAAACCAGUGGCAGAUUCCUAAUGAUCAGCAACAUCAGUUUCAGCAUUAUCAAUGGUCUACUACAACUGUUCAUCUACCUUGUACCAAUCUUGGAGCUCCUACUGUUCCACCAGCAGCUAAUGAUCAAUGGUUUCCUUAUAGUGAUCCUGCAUGUACCAAUCUUGGAGCUCCUACUGUUCCACCAGCAGCUAAUGAUCAAUGGUUUCCUUAUAGUGAUCCUGCAUGUACCAAUCUUGGAGCUCCUACCGUUCCACCAGCAGCUAAUGAUCAAUGGUUUCCUUAUAGUGAUCCUGCAUGUACCAAUCUUGGAGCUCUUACCGAUGCACCAGCAGCUAAUGAUCAACGGUUGACAGAUUCUGAUAAUGCAUAUUACGAUCAUGUAUAUUCAGCCGUUGCACCAGCAGCUACUGCUCAAUGCCCAACAUCUAAUGAUCUUGCUUAUACUAGAGCUCUAACCGUUGCAAAAGCACCUACUGCGGGAUUUGACCAUUUUACAUUUACAGAUGAGUUUGGAGACGAUAUUGAAAAUAGCGUCCCAAAUUUCCAGCAGAUGGAUCCUUCAACAGCAGAACAACUGACGCAACUCGAGCACCUGCUAGAUGACCAAUAUGGACAAUACGAACUGCCAUUGGAGCUGCAAACACCUGAAUAUGAAGCAAACAACAACGGGCUACAAGGAGUAAGACCGCAGCAACAACGUCAUCGUUAUCAUCAUGAACAAGAGACAAACCAAACACAAAGAGAUCCUCUGAAUUGAAUACCUGUUCAAUCUGAAGCUUUAAACCAUUCAGAUAGUGGUAAGUAGCUUUCCAACAAUACAAAUAUUUUUGUACAAUACCUUAAAUUUCUUUUGUCAUCCCUUAUCUUACUUGUUUCUUGGUUAUUAUCUCUUUUCACUUAGGUGAUAGCACACUAACAAUGGCUCAGAACCAGAAUGGUCUCCAAAGGCAACAUGAAUGAAUGACCUGGUCUCUG